UUUAUUUCUUCCUUACCUACACCUGCUUGAAUUCUAUGGUGUAGAUUUUCUACGAAGAUUUCAACAUAAUCUACGGAUUAGUCAAAAGAUGGCCGCUAAGUUUGAUUUCAUCAACGAUAUAACCAUUUCAAAGAUGCAAUGGAAGUUGAAAGUUCGGGUUGUCCGUAUGUGGGAAAAACCGGAUCGUUUUAAUCCUGGCUCUAUAUUCUCGAUUGAAUUGGUUCUACAAGAUGAAAAGGGCGAUCGUAUACAUGCUUCUAUUGGCAAGUCUGUUUUGCAUAUUUUCAACAGAAAAAUUAAUGAGCAUGGAUUAUAUGUUAUGGCAAACUUUAUCGUUUGCCAAAACAAGGAGAGGUUCAACACCACAAAACAUACAUUGAUGCUGACGUUUACUCAACGGACAACAGUGGCUGAAACCAUUGAUUCACUAUUUCCAAUGAAUAUCUUUGAUCUCCGAUCAUCAAUUGAUAGAUAAAGUUGAUGUCAACGAGAAUGAAU